ACGCAGAACAGCGCUACCGCCGAAGAAGAAUAAAACAGGAGAAGAAGAAACCAUUCAACGGGUUUGUGGAAAAUACAGCAAAAGAUUCGUGAUCGCUCUAUUAAACGUUUCCCUCGAGUGGAUCCAAGAGCCUCAUCAUCAUGUCUGGUGGCCCAGCGGUGAGGGUCAGCAUCGAGUCUUCGUGUGAGAAGCAGGUGCAGGAAGUGGCCCUGGAUGGGACAGAGACGUAUGUCCCGCCUCUGUCUAUGUCUCAGAACUUGGCCAAGUUAGCACAAAGAAUUGACUUCAGCCAAGGUUCAGACUCAGAGGAGGAUGGAGCUGAGGGGGAACCCAGGGACCGCGAGUGGGGCAAGCAGGAACCUGAGGAAGAAGAAGGUACUCUGAAGUUCCAGCCCUCUCUUUGGCCAUGGGACUCGGUCCGAAACAACCUGCGCAGUGCUUUGACAGAGAUGUGUGUACUGCAUGAUGUUCUCAGCGUGGUGAAGGAGAAGAAGUACAUGGCCUUGGACCCUGUGUCUCAGGAUCCAACAGCUGGAAAGACCCCACAGGUGUUUCAGUUGAUCAGUAAGAAGAAGUCUUUGGCCACAGCAGCUCAGCUCCUCCUGAAGGGAGCAGAGAAGCUCAGUAAGUCAGUGGCAGAAAACCAGGAGAACAGGAGGCAGAGGGACUUUAACUCUGAGCUGCUGCGACUCCGUUCACAGUGGAAACUCCGUAAAGUGGGAGACAAAAUCCUGGGAGAUCUGAGCUACCGGAGCGCAGGAUCCCUGUUUCCUCACCACGGCACAUUUGAGGUGAUCAAGAACACAGACAUCGACCUGGACAAGAAGAUCCCAGAAGACUACUGCCCCCUGGACGUCCAGAUCCCCAGUGAUCUGGAGGGGUCGGCUUACAUCAAGGUGUCUAUACAGAAACAAGCUCCAGAUAUUGGUGAUCUAGGAACCGUCAACCUGUUCCGGAGGCAGCCGAAAACGAAAGCAGGUACCCAGCCGUGGCAUGUGAAGCUGGAGGCGGCUCAGAACGUCCUGCUCUGCAAGGAGAUCUUCGCCCAACUGUCCAGAGAGGCUGUCCAGAUUAAAUCACAGAUCCCUCACAUCGUUGUGAAGAAUCAGAUCAUCUCACAGCCAUUCCCAGGUCUUCAACUGUCCAUCUCGCUCUGCCACUCGACGGGAGAGAAGAAAAACCAUCGGGCGUCUCCAGAGAAACCAAAACCAGACGAUCACCUCUAUGUUCUGGAACACAACCUCCAUCAAAUGAUGAGAGAGUUCCACAAGCAGCAGCUGAGUUCUGUAGUGAUGCCCCACCCUGCUAGCGCCCCCUUUGGCCACAAACGCUUGCGGCUGGCGGGGCCGCUGGCCUACGACAAAGCUGAAAUCUCAAACUUGCAGCAGAAUGAAGGGCUGCUGGAGAAGAUCAUCAAACAGGCCAAACACAUCUUCUUACGCAGCAGGACGGCACGGACCAUCGACAGCCUCGCCAGCCGCAUCGAAGACCCCCAGAUCCAGGCUCAUUGGUCCAAUAUCAAUGAUGUGUACGAAUCCAGUGUCAAGGUGCUCAUCACCUCUCAGGGUUAUGAGCAGAUCUGCAAGUCCAUCCAGCUGCAGCUGAACAUCGGUGUGGAGCAGAUCCGGGUGGUGCACAGAGAUGGGCGUGUCAUCACACUGUCCCACCAGGAACAGGAGCUGCAGGACUUCCUCCUCUCUCAGAUGUCCCAGCAUCAGGUUCAUGCGGUUCAGCAGCUGGCCAAGGUGAUGGGCUGGCAUGUCCUGAGCUUCAGUAACCACGUGGGCCUGGGUCCGGUGGAGAGCAUCGGAAACGCAUCUGCUGUGACCGUGGCGUCGCCUAAUGGAGAGUAUGCCAUUUCAGUUCGGAACGGUCCAGAGAGCGGCUGCAAAGUCCUGGUCCAGUUUCCCCGCAAUCAGAUCAAAGAGGUGCCGAAGAGCGACGUGAUCCAGGAGGGCAAGUGGAGCCACCUCAGAGGCCCCUACAAGGAGGUCCACUGGAGCAAGAUGGAGGGACGCAACUUCGUCUACAAGAUCGAGCUCCUCAUGGCUGCGCUGACCCCCUGUCCUUAGACCCAGCAUCGACCCACAGCCGCACACAAAGAUGUUUACAUCAGGGGUGUCGAAGUCAUUUUAGUUCAGGGCCACAUUCAGCUCAGUUUGAUCUAAAAUGGGCUGGACUAGUAAAAUAAUAACAUAAUAGCCUAUAAAUAA